AUGACUCGACUUACGAGUGGGUCUCCUAAUGAAAAACUCUCUAUUCUCUGGCGAUCUGCCUGUGAUGACUACGCCAAAGAAACCGGCAUCGUAAUUGUCGAUGAGGGUUUCCCCCGUAUUCUGAAUCCCGAGGAUCUGUCCCGCCAACUAGACGCAGAAAAUGGCCAUUUUCAAGAUUUUCGCACAAAACGGCAAUCGCUCUGGCAUGUUAUGCAGAUUGUAUUGUCGCCCUUUGAAAACUGGGGAGACUUGAUUGUAAAUGCGGUCUCUGCAGCUUUUCCUCCUGCGUCCUGCAUCAUGGGCGCAAUGAUGCUCCUGAUUCGUAGUGCACGCAAGGUCAGUGAAUCGUUCGAUAUGCUGACGGAUUUGUUUCGCAAACUCGGCAACUUUGCGUUGCGCCUAGAAUCGUACAAGGGUGUUCCUUUGAAUGAAGGCAUGAAGACUAUUAUUGUGGGGGUUUUGGUGAAUUUCCUUCGUGUCUGCGCAGCGUCCCAGAAGCUACUUAAUCGUGGGUCACUUAGGGCAAGAGUCAUGAAAUUGGCAAAGAAUAUGUUUGUGGAGGAUACAUCGAUUAGUUCUCUUCUAGGCGAGUUGGAGGAAUUGACCAGCCAGGAACACAAGAUGGUCUCUGCUCAUGGGUUGGAUCUCACCCAUCAGGCACUCAGAAACACUGAAAAAUUACUUGAACGAGACGACGAAAGAAAUGACCGUGAGAGACUGGGCCAAUUGAAAAAGGCAUUAGAUCCUGUCUCUGCAUCCGGACGGGUGUUCUCGUCGAUCAAUGAGACUCGGAUGCCUGGAUCUGGUAGCUGGGUAGAAAAUGGGAUCCGGUCAUGGUGGCAGGGAUCCGAAUCUCUACUUUGGAUUCAUGGCGGUCCCGGCGUUGGCAAAUCUUAUUUGUCUUCGAAAAUCAUUAACGAUCUCUCAAAGGCAGAAACAUCCACCGGGUCUGGGCCGAUCGUCGCCUCCUUUUUCUUCAAGAACAACGAUGUCGAUCUGCGUUCCUUGAAUAAAGCGUUGCGGACUCUGGCGUGGCAAGUUGCUGUUCAACGACCGAGCUUCGCGGAGCAUGCCGAAGAGUUCUGUUUGAAAGAAGAUCCAGCCAACAGCUAUGUUGUCUGGAAAAAACUUUUGUUCGAGUACUUCGAGUCUUCACCAGAUGCCGGGCCCUGCUGCUUUGUUAUCGACGGUAUUGAUGAAGCUGAUCCAGAGGAACAAGAGAUACUUUUCAGUCUACUAGAGAACACACACUUGGGAGAGGAUGAGACAAGUUCUACUACACCAUUCCGAGUCGUACUUCUAGGUAGAGACUCGAUACGCGGCAUCCUUGAAGAACACUGCCUCGACUGGAUUGCUGAAAUCGAGAUCGACAACAACCAGAGUAAGGACGACCUUCAACGAUAUGUCUCUCAGAAGUUGCAGAAGACGAAGAUUUUUCGCGAUUCUGCAGAUCUCCGAGAUGAAGUCAUACGGGAUAUUUGUGCACAAGCAGAAGGUCUCUGGGAAUGGGCGAAUCUCGUCAUCAAAUCCGUUCUGCGCUGCCGGACCAAGGAGCAGAUCCGAAAGGUGAUUCGGACAAUUCCUCGAGGUAUUAGUGCAAUGCUCCAUGCAGAACUACAUCGUUUGGGUAAAGAGUUGUCGUCCUUGGAUGCGAUGUUGGACGACCUGCCCGAAGACAUUUUGGAUGAGGAAGGGGCAACUGAGAAAGCAAUACCAACACGAACUCAACAGCUCAAUAUGUUAAUUUCCUUUGUGACAUGUGCUCAAAAGCCGCUAACAGUAUACGAGCUCAGCCUUAUCUUGGAGGUCGUUCUCGAAGAGGAGUUCUUGAAUCUUGAGGACGAUCUUCGCAAGGUAUACUCAUCGUUGUUUUCGCUCCGACCUGGCGAUGUUGACAUAGAAAAUGGAGUAGAAAAGACUACGGUCAUUGUAACUCUGCGUCAUAGCUCGUUUUACGAAUUCUUUAGUGCAUCAGUCACAGUUGGCCCUAUCCAUGUCGACUCGGACCAAGCUGAGGCGUUGUUCGUAUACGUCUUACUCCAUGUACUCUCAAAGAGUGAAUCGCCUUAUUCACAGAGAUCGCUAUGGAAGAUCAACAAUUAUGCACAGAAAUUCUUAGGUGUGCAUCUGUCGAACGCGGAUCCGGAAAAGGCAACAAAUCGAAAAGAAAUAGCCCGUUUACUUGGGGAUCUCCUUACGGACGAGCCAACAUUCAACCCUGAUCAUUGGCUCAUUGAGACAUAUUACAUCUCUAACCAUGCUAGAUAUAUCCCUUACCCAUCCUCCAGUCCAACAGAGGUUGCACGUUACUGGUGGGACACUCAAGUUCAGGAUACGGCAAACGAGCGGGCGGAUUUGGUUUUCAAAUGGCUUACCCCGGAUUUGAAACAGCUCUUGCAGGAUUGUGCUCGGUCUUCCGAGGUGGCCAGCGAUAAGUGUACUUUCACUGUUGUUUUCUCUCGUUUGGCCGAGUCUUUCUCCCGACUUUGGUUGGUGGCGAAAGACAUAGAGGCGGAUGACGGAUUAUCAGGAACUCUUUGCACUAUGCUAUUGGUGUAUCAUCAAAUGGCAGGCACAAAACUCUGCACUUCAGAGGAGAAGACAGUAGGACUGUAUUUGCUUCCUGAAUCUCGACAAAUAUUGGAAAUUGCCGAGAUGCAGUGUCUCGAAAGAACUCCCAUCUGGCAUGCAAAACUCGCUCAGGCGUUACUCCACCAUUAUAAAUACAGUGCAGCUCUCGAACAGUUUCAGUUAGCUCUUGAUGAAAAUCAUAAAAAUCCUAUACUGGGAAAGCAAGCUAUAACAGUGAUUCAUAGGGACAUGGCUCGGUCCUGUGCUGAUGUUGGAAGGUACAAGGAGGCACUAGAACACUCAAAUCUAGCCGGGUCGCUGCAAAAAGACUCCAUGAUCAUCAACUAUGAAAUUAGCAAACUUCUGAAUACUGCACAAGUAGAAUACUAUGCGGGAAUGACAGACCAAGCUCUUUCUACUGUGGAUGAAGCCUGGGAAGCAUUUGUGGCACAAGAAAGGGAAGAUCAUCGGGACUGGAACACUUUUAGUUCAUUUUUCUCCAUCUUAUUGGAGCUUCAUCAGACGCAGCGUAUUCGACCAGUUUUUGAGUUUGCCCUUUCUGAUUUGCAUGGGAUGGAGUCACCCGAAAAUGAAAUGGAUCGUUUUAUCGAUUCCUUAGGGGGAGUGUUUCCGAGAACCCGUCUAUUAUAUAGGGUUCUCCACUAUGUGUUGAUGCCUGACGACGGAAAAUAUACUGAUAUUCUAGUCUCGAUUGUAGACAGGCUGAAUGCCCCAUCAUGGAAGCGAAAAGGUGGCGAUGAAAAACCCAAAUACUUCCUGGCGUCAUUGAUGUUCGAACACGGCCUGGUCAGCUCCGGAAUCCAGGUUUGGCAUGAUGUUGCCUUUCUAGCUAUUGAACCUGAAGACACCUACAGCAAAGAAAUUCAGUUACAGUCAUGGAGUCGUCUAGCAGCCGUGUGCCUUCACCAUCCAGAUAGUCCAUUAUGCGAAGGGGCUCCUGUGGUGUUGGAUGAAAGCGCCGAAUCUGGUGAUAUCUGCUUGUUCGUCUCAAGUUUUCUACGGGAACAUGGUGAUAUCCCAAACGCCCGAAAAGCUCUCUGCGGACGAGUGAAGAGAAUCACCGAUCAGUUAUCGGACGAGAAUAAUAUGAUUACUGAAGGCUCCUUCGCUGGUCUCUUCAUGACAUUUUUGAUCGCCGUGGAUAGCGAUGAAGAUCUCAAUGGCGCCUUGUAUCUGCUCAAGGUUGAAUACGAAGCUAGGAGGAAAUGGAAUAAAAACCGUCGCACAUUAGAGGCUAUGGGAGUGUCUCACAAUAACGGUGCGAUCAGUGGGCAACAAGGCGACUCUGAGAAUCUUAGCCAGGUGCAAUCUGCCAAUAACGAGGUAAAAGAGGCAGUUGGUGAAGCCUCUGAAGAGGAAGUCCGCCAUAUACUGGAUUUGCUGAACGAGUGUGCCCACUGCAAGUGUCAUUUUGGGCCGAUAUGUCACUGGUACUUCUGUCGUUCCUGCCCGUUGAUGAUGCUGUGUCGAAGCUGCUACUGCAAGAUUCAGUCAGCUAUAUCUAAUCCAGAUACGGCGAACAAUAUCAGGGGUAUCUGUGAUCCUCAACACGAAUUCUAUUCUACCGGUCCGCCGCUUCGGCCAGAUGAACUUGUGCCUGAGGGCAUGAUGGUCCUGCAAAGCGCUGAUGGCAAGAGACAGACAAUAAAGGUCAAAGAAUGGCUUGGUAAACUAUCGGAGAAGUGGGGGACGGCGGACUUUGAAUUUGAAGGUGGAUUAUCUUCUUGGUGUAUGAAGGUCUUGCCGGAGCCACAGAGAUCUCGGUGGGCAACAUUCUUCAAGACGUAA